CAGAGAAAGUAGAGGCGCGGACCUGCCCAGCCUUCCCCUCAAGAAAACUCAGCCUCUUCUGGAUCGCGUUCAACUGAGCCAGUAAAAACCUAUCCAAAAGUCUGACUUGCAGAGGAAGGAAGAUAAAAAAAAAAAAUUUAAAUCAGAGGUGCUUGCUGACUUGAUUUUGCCGACUGUCUGCCAAGAAUUCUCUUCCGGUGUUGGGGUUUUUUUUUUUUUUGCUUUUUUUUUGGAGAGCACUACAAGAAAAAGAAAAGAAAAACAAAUCUAAAAGCACCUUUUUUUUUUUGGAGCUUGAGACAUGUGAAGGUACCGGCUUCGGUUUCGCUCGGCCUACAGGACACCCGUUUAAAUCCAUGCAGUACAGUGCAAUGGACGAGUUCCACCCCUUCAUCGAGGCGCUGCUCCCGCACGUGCGCUCCAUCGCCUACACCUGGUUCAACCUGCAGGCGCGCAAGCGCAAGUACUUCAAGAAGCACGAGAAGCGCAUGUCCAAGGACGAGGAGCGGGCGGUGAAGGACGAGCUCCUGAGCGAGAAGCCUGAGAUCAAGCAGAAGUGGGCGUCGCGCCUGCUGGCCAAGCUGCGCAAGGACAUCCGGCAGGAGUACCGCGAGGACUUCGUGCUCAGCGUGACGGGCAAGAAGCACGCGUGCUGCGUGCUCUCCAACCCAGACCAGAAGGGCAAGAUCCGCCGCAUCGACUGUCUGCGGCAGGCGGACAAAGUGUGGCGUCUGGACCUGGUGAUGGUGAUCCUGUUCAAGGGGAUCCCCCUGGAGAGCACGGACGGCGAGCGCCUGGUCAAGUCGCCGCACUGCACCAACCAGGCGCUCUGCGUGCAGCCGCACCACAUCACGGUGUCGGUGAAGGAGCUGGACCUGUUCCUGGCCUACUACGUCCAGGACCAAGACUCCCAGCAGUCAGGAAGUCCCAGCAACAAUGAGCCUGGCAAGAACCCUCCAGUCUACUUGGAAGACAGCUUCGUCAAAUCAGGAGUCUUCAGUGUUUCAGAGCUGGUGAGAGUAUCUAGAACUCCGAUCACACAGGGGGCGGGGGUGAACUUCUCUAUGUCAGAAAUGCCGUCUCAGCCGUACUACCACGACCUGAACUCGGUCAGCUUGCACCGGCAGCUCUCCUCCCCUCCUGGCAGUAAGCGGGCCAAGACUAUCCCAGAAGACAGCAUGGAGACCAGUCCCACGGGACCGGACUUCUACUCCUCGCCCAGUUCACCGGUCAGCCGACCCUGGCAUGAGAGAGACCAAGCGGAAAUGUCCUCCCCCACCAUGAAGAAGACGGAGAAGCCGCUCUUUAGCCCCACCUCUCCGCAGGACCCCUCCCCUCGCCUGAGCACCUUCCCACAGCACCACCACCCAGGCCUGACCAGCGUGGGACACAGCGUGAUCUCCACCAGGAGUCCUCCGCCCCACUCCCCGCUGCAGUUUUCUGCCCCUGCCAUCCUGCCCCCUGCCCCCUCAUCGUACUUCUCCCACCCCACCAUCCGCUACCCUCCCCACCUCAACCCGCCCGACUCGCUCAAGAACUAUGUGCAGCCUUACGACCCGUCCAGCCCCCAGAGUAGCCAGCCGAACAGCAGCGGCCAGGUCGUGGGGAAGGUUCCAGGCCACUUCACGCCAGUGCUCACUCCGUCUCCCCACCACGGGGCGGUGAGACCGGUCUCUCUCUCCAUGCCCGACACCAAGCCGAUCACCACCUCUGCAGAGGGUUAUUCAGCCCCUGGAACCCCUACUGCUAACCGUUUUGUGGGACUGAGCCCUAGAGACCCAGCCUUCCUCCACCAGCAACAGCUGAGGAUUUGUGACUGGCCCGUGAAUCAAAACAUCAGGUCUUAUGGCUCAGAGGAGACUUUGGGGAUUUCUUGGCAAAGUCCUGGUACCUGGGCGAGCUUAAUUCCAUUCCAAGUGUCGAACGGGACUCCGAUUCUGCCAACAAAUGUCCAGAAUUACAGCAUAAGCAUCAUUGGUGAGCCCCUCCUCCAGGCAGAGACAACCAACUGAAGGGGGCGUUCCGAGGGGGGCCGAGCCGAGACUCUGGAGUGACAGGUCCGUGGACAAACCAGCAAGCAGCACUUAUACAAUCGCCACUGACUUUUGGCCCGCCCACUGAAGGACUUUGGCCUAGAAUGGAAAGGUGGGUUGGGUCAAAGCUGGCACGAGCCUCUCCACGCCAGUCAGUCGUUGUGUGAGGAGGUCCCUCAACUGACAUACUGUGAUAUUUACCAGAAAAAGAAAAAGCUUAGAUGCCUUAAUGUUUUUUUGCAUGACAUGCUAGUCUCUUGUAGUGUUUCUCUCCUUCGUAAGUCACAAUUCCUAGUCUUUUGUUUAUGAGCAGGUGUAGAAAGAGAGGCACACAAGGGCUGGCUGGCUGGAUAUGUUUUUGGAAAACAGGCUCCAAUUCUGAGAAACUCAUCAAACAAUGUUCAACCUAUCCAUUUAGGGAAUUUAAUAACCAUAGGAACAAACUUCAGCAAAUCAGAUCCUUCUGU